AUGGCGGAAAAACCAGAGUCGCUUAAAUUCGAGAUUCUACUUCGGUGGACUUUAACACAAGAGGCAUCUCAGCCCGAUGCCACAAAUCCAAUUCCUGAUCCCCCAAAAGGAACAAGCCUUCAUGAUUCAAUACCUGUAGAUCUGCAACAAUCAAGUGAUGAAGAUGAAGGACAAAAAAAGCCAACAAAGAAAAAACUAGGAUGGGGUCAGAGGAAGGUGUGGCAGAAAAUUCCAAAGGCGGACAAGGAAAGAAUUGAAAAACACUACUUAAGUACUCAACCUCGUGAUAACUUUUGGGCAGGACUCAAUGAUGAGAAAGUGACAAACCAUGAUCUCAAAGAUAUUGUAUGGGACCUGGAACUGUCACAAAACGUUAUUGAGGCCUAUAUCCAAAUAGAGGAGGAUAAAAUAGAGCCCAUGCAGACAGAGAGUCCACAGUACAUGUCUACAUGGACUUGGGUAAGUAUUAUUUUGAAAAUUCAAAAUUGUUUAAACAGACAAUGCACUGCAGUUUUCGAAAAAUAUAUACUAACAAAUUGCCAUUCUAUGAUAUCAGGCUUACAUGCAAAGCUUCCAAGAGCCAUCUUGGCACAGGUUCCUGUAUGA